CAUUAUUUUUUUAAAAGCUUCAAGAAAGAAAGACAGAGAGCAGAGAGAAUCAGUGAUUCUUCAGUUCAGUCCUUCUCGAGUAAAAUUUCAUCAUUGAAUUUUUUAAUUGAACAAAAUUUGGUGUUUCGCCAUUGUCAAAUCAAAAGAUUCAAAAGUGCUUCUUCUUUCUUUUUUUUCUUUUUCUUCUGUUUUGCUUUCUUCGAUGAAGUUCAGCAGCUACAACAAAUCUCGUCGUCUACUCCACUGCAGAUUUCAUUUGUUUUAAUUCACAGAAACCGAGAAUUUCUUUGCAAAUUGUGACUAGUCUCAUUCAAUUUUCAUUUUUCCCGCUUCUUGAAUGAAGUAGGAGUAAUAGUUUAUCACUCUCUCUCAAGGUCAGGAUAUUACUCUGUUCUUCAUUUACUCUGUUCUUAAAAGGAGAAAUUAAAGAUGAAUACCAGAGUCAGAACAAGAAUUCAAACCAUGAAAGCAGAAGCUCCAGUGAACCAUGAAAAAAUGGAGAAACAACAAAGGAUUGCAUUUAUGGAAUCCGAGAAAUCUACAACUGCGAGUCGUCGUAGAUCAAGAAGAGAACGAAAAAUGGCUUUACAACAAGAUGUUGAUAAGCUAAAGAAGAAGCUAAGACAUGAAGAAAAUGUUCACAGAGCAUUAGAAAGAGCUUUUACCAGACCAUUAGGUGUUCUACCUCGUCUUCCCCCAUAUCUACCUCCAUAUACAUUAGAACUUUUAGCUGAGGUAGCUGUUUUGGAAGAAGAGGUUGUUAGGUUAGAAGAACAAGUUGUAAAUUGUAGACAAGGGCUUUAUCAAGAAGCUGUUAAAUCGUCAUCUCAAUCCGAAGGAAAUUCAUCAACAUCGACAACUUCUAGACAUAUACCAGUUACUACUAGUACCAGUACAAUUUCUUCCAAUUCAACCCAAUUGGCAACUGACUCGGUUUCGGAUCGAACCGUGAGUAGUGUUAAUAGACCUACAAAUGGAAAACGAUCCUUGAAAAAGUUCCAUCCUCAUUCUGUCCAAUCAUUAGAAGAUACUAGGGGUAAAGAGAAUCAUUCUUGCAUUAACGCUACCAAGACAAAGAAAGAGCCAGGUCCAAGAAUCAGAACCACGAUAAAGAAAGCUCCAAUGGUGAAGAAUUUUGAUCUUAAAAAAUCACAGCUAGAAUGUAGUAUAGACCAAGAUAAGGUAGAACAUAAAAUUCAUGGGAUUCAAGAUGAAAGAAUGUCAGAAGGGGAAAGCAAUAGCCCGAACAAAAUUUCGGAGGAUAUAGUAAAGUGUUUGUCGAGCAUCUUUUUAAGAAUGAACACACAGAGAAAUAGAGGAAUGGAGUCUAACAAAAAUUGUGAAGAAAUGGAAUUUCGAGACCCUUAUGGUAUUUGUAGUACGGAGUUAUGUAAAAGAGAUAUUGGGCCGUAUAAACAUCUUUGCGCAAUUGAAGCUAGCUCGAUGAAUCCUUGUUGGAGAACUAACUCUAUAUUUCUAAUCCAAAGACUAAAGAUUCUUCUCGGGAAACUAGCAUUAGUUAAUUUACAGGGACUUGAUCAUCAACAGAAGCUCGCUUUUUGGAUCAAUAUCUAUAAUUCUUGUAUGAUGAACGCCUUCUUAGAGCAUGGGAUACCCGACAGUCCGGAGAUGAUUGUUGCGUUGAUGCAGAAGGCAACCUUAAAUGUCAGCGGACAAUCAUUGAAUGCGAUGACCAUCGAGCAUUUCAUUUUGAGGCUGCCUUAUCAUUUAAAAUCGACAUAUUCUAAAGGUACAAUAAAAGAGGAAAUGACUGCAAAAAGCCUAUUUGGAUUGGAGUGGUCUGAGCCUUUGGUUACAUUUGCACUCUCAUGUGGGAGCAGAUCCUCUCCAGCUGUGAGAGUAUACACUGCUUCCCAAGUUGAAAAUGAUCUCGAAACAGCUAAGAAGGACUACUUGCAAGCAGCAGUUGGCAUCUCUAAAUUGCACAAAUUGGCGAUUCCAAAAUUGUUGGAUUGGUACUUGCUCGACUUUGCAAAGGAUUUAGAAUCAUUACUGGAUUGGAUAUGUCUGCAAUUACCGACCGAGUUAAGGAAGGAAGCACUUAACUGUAUUGAGAGGCGGCGAAAGGAACCUGUUUCACAAUUGGUAGAAGUGAUGCCCUAUGAAUUCAAUUUCAGAGCCACAAGAAUGGGACAUUUUCCUCAUGAAGCAAGUGUUUUGUUUCUAUACGGAACUUUAAUGAGGAGAUAAAAUAUCCCGAAGUCAGUGAGCAUGGGAAAAGUGCAACAUCCACAGCAGAGAAAUGUCGGAUAAGGGAACCUUCGAAAAGGUAAAGGAAAUAUCCUUGGAGAACUCUCUAUAUGUCAUUGUUCUAUUUUGUUUUUAGGCUUUGUAUUAUCGUGCGUCAAGAUUCAAGAUUCAACGUGCCAUACGUCAACUUGAAUCAAGGUUCAAGCACUAUCGUGAUUCAAGGUUGAAUAAGCGCCAAAUGGGUUGGUGCACAAGAUUGGAGCCGUUAGAUUUUAACAUUUAA